UUUACCACACAUGCUUAAACUUCAGUUCUCUACUGAAUACUAUCUGCAUCAGUGGAUUAAUCAUGAGUUCCACUCAGGAGUGUCAAUCUUCUGGCAGAACAGUAAAAAAGAUCAAGGUGGCCAGCACUACGACUAAAAGCCGGGUUAAAGUGAACAUGGGAAAACAAGACACUAUCCCUUCAGUCUGGCUGCCUGACUCUAUUUUUGAGGAAGAAAAAGAGAAGGAAACAGAGAAGAGCAAGCUCCUAGUCACGCCUCAAGUUUUCACAGUCAGUGAUCAAGUGACUGGGGACUGUAAGAUUAAAACAGGUAUGGUGCAAAAAAACAUAACACCAAAACUCAGCGAGGGAAACCAUGAUCUGGUGAACUCUAUCAAGGAUAAAAUCCAUGCUGCCCCAGGGGAGCCAAGAAACUUCAUGAGCAAUGAUUCUCUCAACAGGAAACACCACUGUGAAAAGAAGACAAUUGGACAGAAGGAAGAACGAAAAAUGGGGUCAUGUUGCAGUAGUUUAGAUGCAGAGGAUAGUGGACUUGGGGAAGAUGCAGCUCUAAGUGACAAUGAUCAAAUUGAGGUCAAAAAGAAAACACCUAUUAACAGACCCAAGAUUAAGGUGACUACAAUGCGGGAUCUGAUGAACAAAUGGCAGACAUUUGCUGACGAGCAUGUGGAGGGUCAGAAACUCAACCCUUUUAGUGAGGACUUUGAUUAUAAUCAUGCCAUGACUGUAAAACUCCAUAAGGGACAACUGGGCUAUGGGUACCCCAAAGAGGGCUCCAAAACAGCCCAGCGAGCUGAACGUGCCAAGAAACAUAUCCACCGGGAAAUGGAUGAGAUGUGCUACAUAAUCCGCAAUAUGGGACAGAUGGACAAAGAAGGUCAUAUUUAUGUCACUUUUGGUCGACUCUUUGAUCACUAUGUUAAGAUCUCUGAUAAGGUGGUGGGGAUUUUGCUUCGAUGCCGCAAACACAAGAUGGUGGACUUUGAAGGUGAAAUGUUAUGGCAGGGACAAGAUGAUUAUGUUAAAAUCAGGCUGCUGGUAUGAAUUUGGAGUGCUGAAAAAAAGUCAGGUUUAUUUAUUUAUUUAUUUAUUUAUUUAUUUAUUUAUUUAUUUAUUUAUUGAUUGAUUGAUUGAUUGAUUGAUUGAUUGUUUAUUUUUAUAUGAACUGUUUAACUCUGCAGUGAAACCAAAAGGUAAAAAGCAGAGGUAAAAUUGUGUCUAGGACAUUUUUUAUACCAUUACUCUGGGUUAUUAUUUUUGUUUGUUUCUGCCCUUUUUUUUCUUUUUUUUUUUUUUAAAAAUUCAGUUGGUUCUGUAGUGUGCCUCCUUUUUAUUUAAAUGAUACUAGUCUGUUCCCAGGAGAACUUAAAAAACAAAAAUAUAAACAUUUAAAAAAUGAUUAAUAAAAAUGAAAAGGUAAAAAUGCCAGCACUUUCAACAUCAUCUGUGAUUUCUGGCUCUCCUACAGAUCCUAAAUAUCUGACACAUUUUUUGAGUUCAUAUUUGAUUCAAGCUAUAGAAGCACAAAGGAUGAACUUGUUCAAUUAUUCUUUUUUCUGCCAUUUAUAGGUUUACUAGGUUUUCUAGAAUGAAUGAAUGAACCCUGUAAAUGUGUUUACACAACUAUUGCACAACUAUUUCUAUUCCCAUGUUUUAGAUCAGUGGAGAGUUACCAAAUUGGUUUAAGGAUGAAAAAAAGUUUAUUUGGUAGCACAGGUUAGUCAUUUUCUUUGAUUGAUACUUUGCAAAAAAAAAAAAAAAGUUUCAAAUACUGUCACAGAGCAAAUUCCAUUUGCAGAAAGUACAGACUACAUAAUAUUAUCAUAAACUGAUCAUGGAAAUGUUAGCUAAACCUAAUGGAACAGACUAUGAACACUAUGUUCCUCAAUAGGGUUAUUAUUUAAAAUAUCCAUGGUAUCUUUAUAUUAUUCUAUUGUUCUAUAUUCUAUUCUAUAUUCUGUUGGUUCUAUUUUUUUCUCUUAUUAUUAUUAACAAUAAAUUAAUGAUUAACGAUAAUACCAAAAAGUAAUUUUAUUGCGCAUUUCACAAUGCUAAUAUAAUCUGACAAAUAAAUUUGUGUUGUUAUUUAAUAAAAUGUAAUUGUUAUUCAAGUAAUGUAAUUGUUGGUGAACUGCUGUGACAUAAAAGAAAUAAAGCACUACAGGGCAUGCCACAUGCAUUACAGGGCAUGCAUUACAACUAACUAAAGUUUUCUAUAACAGCACAAAACAAUUUUCAUUUAAUCAAAAUGCUUAAUCAAAAAACAUCAGUUCACUAACCUCACCGGCCUGCUUUAACUCCUGAAUAAAAUCCCACUGGAAGAAGGUGUAUCAAUCUGAGAUUGAAGCUCCACUGUUUCUCUGCCAUAGUUCCAAGUGGAGUUCUAGUAUGUGCAUCUGAUUAUUCUUAGUCCUUGCUUGUUGUGUUUGUUUUGUUUUUAGUUGUUUUUAGUCAUUGUCCUGUCUUACUUCCUUCAGCAUUUUAGUUACUUCCUGUUAUUGACAGUUUCAUUGUCCGUUUGUGUUUACUUACUGGCCUCUAUUCUGUUUUGUGAUUUGAUUUGGUCGAUUUAUUGCAUAAUAUAUUCCAUUUAUCUAUGUUCCAAGUCUUAUCUUGUUAUAGAUGCAGCAUGGACGUUUACUAACUGCUAGGCAAUAUUAUAUACUUUAGAUCUUGUUUUCCCCAUUUUGUUUUUUAGAAUGUUUAGAAUAAUGAUAAUAAAAAAAAACUAGUAAUGCAAUUAGCCAAUGCAACCAGUCAAAUCAGAUGG